AAAGAAAUCAGAAAAAGAAAGGGGAAAUAAAGGAGCCCCCCCCAAGGCGAAGAGAGAGAGAAAGAAGGGGUCUUCAGUCUCUCUUCACUUCACUGUCUCUCUCUCUCUCUCUCUCUUCUCUCUCCUCUCUUUUUCUCUCCUUCUCUGCUUGGGGCUGAGCUCCCCACACCUUGCACGCCUUUACGCUCACAUAUUCAAUUCAAUCCGCCUUCAAAGUCCUCGCCUUUACUCUUUUUCCUUUUUACCCUUUUCUUGUCUCUCUCCCCUCUCCUUUGGCCCCUCCCCCCCUCCCCCUCCCUCACAUUUUUUUUCCCCUCUCCCUUGCGUUUUCCCUUUUGUCUUGCCCCUCUUAGAUUUGAGAAAUCUAGGGUUUCGGCUUUGCAUGGUGUACGCGGGCUCCGACCAGCUGAGGUGCUCUGGUUGCUCGCGUGCUGGCGCAUUUCGUCUCGACAAGGUCUGGUUUUGUGUCUCUGGCGGCGGAAAGAUGGAGACUUUCUGCUGAAUCUGCUCUUUAGAUUUCGUGGGUGGAGGUUGAAUUCUUGUUUUGAGCUGAAAUUUGCGCAUUGCAUCGGUAGGGCCGUCGUUAGACCUUGUGUUUGCUAGGUUUGUUUUUGGCAGAUCCCUGAUAGAACUUGGAUUUGUCUGUCUCUGGGUGUCAAUCUCUCUUUUCCAUCGUGAGGUUCCUGUACUUUUUUUUAGCUUUUGCUGGUCAGAGAUUCACCCUCUUGUAAAACCCUUGAACGUGUAUGAUCUUGACUUGAGCUAGUAAAAUUAGGUGUUGAUUUGGAAGCAUUCUGCGUCGGUCCAAGCCAUCUUUUUUCUAAGUUGAUAGGAGGUAAAGACACUAGCUUUAGACAUUGUAAAUGCAUGGAUGGGCGAGAAGCCAUGGCUAUGUCUGGUGGGUCAGCUCAGUAUUUCAUACACAGAGGAGUGGCGUUAAGUGGAGCAGAAGCCAGUGGGUUGAAUGCCCCGCCAGUUUUUAGAGCAUUGACGAAUCCUCAUGUUCAGGCUCAGUCCAAUGUCCGGUCCAGCUUAGGCGGACCGGUAUAUGCAGCUGAACCAUCCAAUGCCAAUUUCUCUCAUGGCAUUAAUAUGGGGAUGUCCUCUGCGAUGCCAUCGAGUGAGCCGGUAAAGAAAAAGAGAGGGAGGCCUCGGAAAUACGGGCCUGAUGGGAAGGUUCCUUUGGGGCUUUUGCCUAUGUCUGCUACACCUUCAAAUGCUUCUUCUGGUUCACUUACAGAGUCUCAGAAACGGGCCCGGGGAAGGCCACCUGGAAGUGGGCGGAAGCAACGGUUAGCUGCAACUGGUGAAUGGAUGAACAGUUCAGCUGGAAUUGCUUUUGCCCCACAUGUGAUCACCGUAGGACCAGGGGAGGAUGUUGCUGCUAAGGUAUUAUCUUUCGCCCAGCAAAGGCCAAGAGCUGUAUGCAUAUUAUCAGGGAGUGGUACAGUUUCCGCUGUAACUCUACGGCUGCCUGCGUCUUCUGGUGAAACAAUCACAUUUGAGGGCCGCUUUGAGAUAUUAUGCUUGUCGGGAUCUUAUUUAGUUGCUGAAGAUGGUGGACCCCGCAACCGCACAGGUGGAAUAAGUGUUUCACUUUCAAGUCCUGAUGGACAUGUCGUUGGUGGCAGUGUUGCGAUGCUUGUUGCAGCUAGCCUGGUUCAGGUUGUGGUGUGCAGUUUUGUAUACGGCAAUUCUAAGCCAAAGAACAAAGAGUUGGCUGCUCAUGCAGUUGAUGAGGACACUAAACCUAAGGUUGCUGAUAAUAAAGCUAUUGUCCCGAGCAAUGCUCCUUCACAAAGCUACACUCCAUCCCCAGUAGGCAUUUGGCCCGGAUCACGACAGCUUGAUUUGAAGAGCCUCCAAACCGGUAUUGACUUGACCCGUGGUUGAAGAAUUGACUCUUUGCUGCAACAGACACAUAUCAGGUUUUGUAUAUAUGUGUUGUUGUAUAUUGAACCAAAAUUUCUAGAUCAUAGGAUGUAGAAUUUGCCUUGAUAUUACGUUGGAGGCUGAUGGAUUAUUGCUAACUUAUUCUAGUAACGAGGUCCAUUUUCAUGGCAAGGAGCUAUGUCGUGUCUUUGAGGGUAGAGUUUCUUGUUUAAAAUGCUAAUCUGCAUCAACGUUUCGUUUGGUAAA